AUGGCGCCCGCAGAUUUUCACAUCCUUCCCUACCCUCUCCCUCAGGCAACUCACGAUGCGAUUACGAAGAGAGCCACGUACUGUAACGCAUACGGGUGCUACGAACGCAGUUCGUGGUACUACUGGGGCCGCUGGGUCCUCGCUGCCGUCGUCCUGGGUAUCGCCAUCCUCAUCCUCGUCGCACUAGGAUGCGUGAGCUCCCGCCGUCGCAGAAAGCGCGGCAUGUCGCCCUUCUACGGCACCGGCUGGAUGAGCAACAACCAGAAGUACUACCCCCAGAACACCACCUACGCCUACAACCAGCAGUACCCGCAGCAGGGCUACGGCCAGGGCCAGCCCGGGCAGUACCAGAACCCGCCCCCGGCCUACGGCCAGCAGCAGCCCCAGUACACCGGCACCACCUUCAACCCCAACGACGGCUACUACGGCAAUCACAACGAGGGCAUCAACCUCCAGCAGCCGCAGAACGCGUACCACCAGCCCCAGGGGACCUACGCGCCUCCCGCCGGCCCGCCUCCCGGAAAGUAA